AUGGCCAUGGCCUCCACUGGCUUGGACAGCUUAUUGAGACAUGAUUCCUCCUUUCUCCCAGAGGUAUGGGCUUGGUUCGGAAUCGGGGUUACCGUUAUCCUCUUACGAUUCGGGGUGAGGAUCAGGAUGGUUGGCUUUCGAGGGUUCGCAGGUGAUGACUACAUGACGAUAACGACACUCGCAAUGUACACUUGCGAUGCCGCGUUUGUGGAUAUAUGCUAUAGGUGUGGGACGAAUGUGGACGUACCUCCAGCUACGAUAGACGGGUUAACGGACCCGGAACGUGAACGAUUAAGAUACGGGUCGAAGAUGCAACUUGCUGCCUGGUAUUCCUAUACGGCCCUUAUUUGGUGCAUGAAGGCCACGCUGCUCUUCUACAAACGCCUGACGUUUGGGCUUUGGCAACACAGAGCCCUGAAAUACCUGGCAUGUUUUACUGCCGCGUCAUUCUACCAGAAUUGGAACGUGAGGCCUCUUCCGCCGAGUCAGUGUACACUGAAGAAGCAAAAUUUCCUAGUGACGGUCGUUCUCAACGCUCUUACAGACGCUGCCAUCCUCUGCAUACCGCUGCCAAUGCUUAGGCAGCUGAAGGCGCCACUUUACAAGAAAGCACUGGUUGCUUUGCUGCUGUGCUCUGGCCUGUUCGUCAUAACAGCAGCCAUCAUCCGCGCAGCCGUCACCCUGGGGUCCUCGCCGUCGAGCAUAACAAUCAACCGCUGGGGGGUCCGAGAAACCAUCAUUGGGAUCCUGUCGAUCAACGCGCCCAUUCUGCGCCCGCUCUUCACGCGCAGCUUCUGGACCGGCGUGAGCGUGAACGAGACGAGGAUAAACGCGGCCGCGAAUGCGCCAGCGGAGGACUCGCCAAGGCGGCGGAAACGCGUGUUUGGAAGCAAGAGCAGCAGAUCGGACAACACGGAAAGUAGCGGCACGCCCAAGAAGCUCUCCAAGUCGGACAGCGCUGCUUUUGGAGUCGACACCAACGUACCGGGAUAUUCGGUGAAUGAGGGCGACAACUCGUCGCAGGAGAACAUGGUCGGGCGGGACGAAGAGGAGGGAAUCGAGCUGGCGCCGCUCGCGGAGGGGCAUGACGAGGAGGAGGCAAGCGUCAGGCUGCAGCGGCCGGAGAACGUCGUGUACGUGGAGCGAUCGUACGCAGACAAACCGCCCUGUGACCGCUGCCGCGCCGCGGGCCGCGCAGACCAAUGCCGCUUCCCGCCGCCCGGCACCUCCGCCAUCCACCGGCAGUCGAAGCGCCGCCGCCAGACCUCUGGGGUUCCAGCUCCCCUCGAGAACCCCUCGCCCUCCGCCCGCCCGCCGCCCGCCUACGCCAACGACGGCUCGGCUGCCGUGCGCGCCCUGUUCCCCGCCGGCCUCGACACGUCGCUGCAGGACGUCGACGGCUUCCAGCUGCUGACGGACGAGGUCAAGAACAGCUAUCUGCGCUGCUCCUACAAGUGGAGCUUCCACCACACCCCGACCCUCCUGGCCCGCGUCAGCGAAAAGACCCUCGACCCAUGGGUUGUGUGGGCCAUCCUGGCGCUUGCCGUAAGGUUCAGCCGCCACGCCCCGGGGCCCUACGCCACCCCGACUGAUGCCAGCAAGGCUUUCGCCGCCCAUGCUCGCCACAUCCUCCAGCCCGAGAUCGAGACGCCCAGUCUUUCGCGCAUCCAGGCCCUGCUGAUGCUGACCGGCCACGACUGGGGUGCCGGCAACGGCAGGAGGGCUUGGUUCUACCUGGGCAUGGCCAUCCGCAUGGUCCAGAUCCUGAAUCUCUGCGAGGAGCCUCCGCUUUCGGCCAGCGCCGUGGUGAGCCCCCGUGACUUCAUCGUCGCCGAAGAACGCCGCCGCACCGCCUGGACCUGCUUCCUGAUGGACAGCCUUUUGAGCGGCGGCAAAGGCCGGAAGCGCUCUCUUUCUGCCGCGGACAUGAGAAUCCAGCUGCCUUGUGAGACCGACCUGUAUGUCUUUGGUGAAGCCGUGCGAUGCCCAAGGGUGGACGGCUCGUUCAGUCCCCAUUCCGCCAUCCUGCCCCUGGGCAACCUUGGCGUCAUUGGAUUCAGUCUGCGGAUUGCCGAUGUGUGGGGCGCCGUGGCGUCCUGGGCCUGUUCGAACCUCAUGGACGAAGAGCUGCCGUGGGUGCCGACUUCCAGAUUUCACCAGCUCUCUGCCUCCCUUCGGGCGUGGUCGCAAUCCCUCCCGGUCCGGCUCCACUACAGCAUCUGGACUCUGGAGGCCCACAAUGCGCUUGAGCAGGGCCAAGGCUUCAUAUACAUGCACUGCAUCCAUUUCAUGAGCUUGAUGUUUCUUCAUCGGGCGUACCUGCCGGUGCUCGGGCCUGGUCGGGACUCCCAAACCAACGGCGUCGGCCCCCGGGAAAGUUUUGAUUGGGCCGAGUGGCGCAAAUCGUCGAGAAGAGAGUUGUUCGAAGUGGCGACCACUGUGUGCAAAAUGGUCGACAAGAUCCAGUCUUUUGGCUUCUACUUUGUCCGCGGACUCGUUCCCUGGAUUGGCUUCACGAUUUACACCGCCGUGGGUGUCAUCGUCUACCGGAACAGCUUCCAUUUCGACGACGUGGAUGGGGUCAUGACCAUGGCCAAGAGCAAGGAACAGAUUGUUCGAGGAUGCACGUUCCUGAAAGAGAUGAAGGAGCAGUGGCCAAUGGCCCAACAAUGGUUUGAAACCAUCAAACGCAUGCAGGCCUGUUACCGUAGGGUCCACGUUGAGGGUGGUGGUAGCAUUCCGGACGCCGAGCAGCGAACCAUUCGCAGUGCGAUGAUCGACUAUGGCGCUCUUCAGCCGUCGCCCGUGCAGCCCGAUGAAGAAGGCAGCAACCAAGCAGUACCAAGCUCAAAUCCGCUUGAUGCAAGCGUUCCCGCCAGGGCUGAGUCUGCAGGGGCCACGAACCCUGUGGAUCAGGUCAUCACCGACGAUGCUUUCCUCACCCAGGAUUGGUCUAAUGUAGACCUGAAUAUCUCCGACGCGGAUCUAGAUGCCAUGUUCAUGAACGCGACCCAAGACUUCUGGGCGAGCUUUCCUGGUGAAGUGGGAUAUCUUCAUGUUUAG